AUGCCCCGCGCCGCCCCCCGGUGGCCGCCGCUCCUGCUGCUGCUGCUGCUGCCGCUGCUGCCGCCGCCGCCGCCGCCGCCGCUCGCCCGCGGCGCCCCGGCCAGGCCUGGAGGCGGGGGGCCGGCCUCGGCGCUGGUGGUGCCCACGCGGUUGCCGGGCGGCGCGGGCGAGCUCGCGCUCCACCUGUCCGCCUUCGGCCGCGACUUCGAGCUGCGCCUGGCGCCCGACGCCAGCUUCCUGGCGCCCGAGUUCAAGGUCGAGCGCCUCGGGGGCUCCGGCGGGGAGGCGGGGGGCGAGCAGGAGCUGCGCAGCUGCUUCUUCUCGGGCACGGUGAACGGGGAGCCCGAGUCGCUGGCGGCCGUCAGCCUGUGCCGCGGGCUGAGCGGCUCCUUCCUGCUGGACGGCGAGGAGUUCACCAUCCAGCCUCAGGGCGCGGGGGGCUCCUUGCACCAGCCGCACCGCCUGCAGCGCUGGGGGCCCGGGCGCGCAGCCGCCGCCCAAGCCCAGCCCUUGCCGGGAGCGCCCGAGUGGGAGGCGGAGAAGGGAGAGGGUCGGAGGCAGGAGGACGACGAGCAGGGCAAAGACGAGGAGGCGGAAGGCGCCAGCGAGCCGCCGCCGACCCUGGGGGCCACGAGUAGGACCAAGCGGUUUGUGUCUGAGGCUCGCUUCGUGGAAACGCUGCUGGUGGCCGAUGCGUCCAUGGCUGCUUUCUACGGAGCCGACCUGCAGAACCACGUGCUGACGCUGAUGUCUGUGGCGGCCCACAUCUACAAGCACCCCAGCAUCAGGAACUCCAUCAACCUGAUGGUGGUGAAGGUGCUGAUCGUGGAGGAUGAGAGGUGGGGCCCCGAGGUGUCCGACAACGGCGGGCUGACGCUGCGUAACUUCUGCCAGUGGCAGCGGCGCUUCAACCAGCCCAGCGAUCGGCACCCCGAGCACUUUGACACGGCCGUCCUGCUCACCAGACAGAACUUCUGCGGGAAGGAGGGCUUGUGUGACACCCUGGGCGUGGCGGACAUCGGCACCAUCUGUGACCCCAGCAAGAGCUGCUCCGUGAUUGAGGACGAGGGCCUGCAGGCGGCCUACACUCUGGCCCACGAGCUCGGGCACGUCCUCAGCAUGCCCCACGACGACUCCAAGCCCUGUGCUCGGCUCUUCGGGCCCCUGGGCAAGCACCACAUGAUGGCGCCCCUCUUCGUCCACCUGAACAAGACGCUGCCCUGGUCCCCCUGCAGCGCCAUGUACCUCACGGAGCUCCUGGACGGCGGGCACGGAGACUGUCUCCUGGACGCCCCUACCUCGGCCCUGCCUCUGCCCACAGGCCUCCCAGGCCGCAGGGCCCUCUACGAGCUGGACCAACAGUGCAAGCAGAUCUUUGGUCUGGGCUUCCGCCACUGCCCCAACACCUCUGCUCAGGACAUCUGUGCCCAGCUCUGGUGCCACAUGGAUGGCGCCGAGCCCCUUUGCCACACGAAGAAUGGCAGCCUGCCCUGGGCGGACGGGACGCCUUGCGGGCCCGGGAGCCUCUGCCUGGAUGGCAGCUGCCUGCCUGAGGAGGAUGUAGAGAAGCCCAAGGCCGUGGUGGAUGGAGGCUGGUCCCCGUGGGGACCCUGGGGAGAAUGUUCACGGACCUGCGGAGGAGGAGUACAAUUUUCACACCGCGAGUGCGAGGACCCCGAGCCUCAGAACGGAGGGAGAUACUGCCUGGGUCGGAGAGCCAAGUACCAAUCGUGCCACACGGAGGAGUGCCCCCCUGAUGGGAAAAGCUUCAGGGAGCAGCAGUGUGAGAAGUACAAUGCCUACAAUUACACGGACGUGGAUGGGAACCUGCUGCAGUGGGUCCCCAAGUACGCAGGGGUGUCCCCCCGGGACCGCUGCAAGCUGUUCUGCCGAGCCCGGGGGCGGAGUGAGUUCAAAGUGUUCGAAGCCAAGGUGAUCGACGGCACCCUGUGCGGGCCCGAGACUCUGGCCAUCUGUGUCCGUGGCCAGUGUGUCAAGGCUGGCUGUGACCACGUGGUGGACUCGCCUAGGAAGCUGGACAAAUGCGGCGUGUGCGGCGGCAAAGGCAACUCGUGCAGGAAGGUGUCUGGUUCCCUCAACCCCUCCAGUUACGGCUACAACGACAUCGUCACCAUCCCAGCCGGUGCCACUAACAUCGACGUGAAACAGCGGAGCCACCCGGGGAUCCAGAACGACGGCAACUACCUGGCCUUGAAGACCGCCGACGGGCAGUACCUGCUCAAUGGAAACCUGGCCAUCUCUGCCGUGGAACAGGACAUCCUGGUGAAGGGCACCAUCCUCAAGUACAGCGGCUCCAUCACCUCCCUGGAGCGGCUGCAGAGCUUCUGGCCCCUGCCUGAGCCCCUGACCGUGCAGCUUCUGACAGCCCCUGGGGAGCUCUUUCCCCCCAAAGUCAAGUAUACCUUCUUUGUCCCUAAUGACGUGAACUUCAGCAUACAGAGCAGCAAAGAGAGAGCGACGACCAACGUCAUCCAGCCCCUGCUCAACGCGCAGUGGGUCCUGGGAGACUGGUCUGAGUGCUCCAGCAGCUGCGGGGCCGGCUGGCAGCGGCGGGCGGUGGAGUGCCGCGACCCCAGAGGCCAGGCCUCCACCACCUGCGACGAGGCUCUGAAGCCUGAGGAUGCCAAGCCGUGCGGAAGCCAGCUGUGUGCCCCGUGA